AUGCAGAAAUGCCAAUCACUGAAACGGUUCACAACCUUGGCCGUUUUGAUAACUAUCUCCCUUGGAUUUUUUAUCAAUGCCACGAAAGGUGCAAUGUUUCCGAAAGCGAGUGACAUGGCCAAGUCCACCGUGACCGAUGGGUCGGCCUUAUCUCCCUGUGCUCAACAGAUUUUCAAAUCGAAGCCGGAGAUUACGCCAAGAACUCACUUGAAGGACUCGAAGAGUGGCUACGACAAGUUGUACGCGAAAAUACAGGAAUCAAUUAAAGAGGGCAAUGUUAUUCAUGUAGAGGAUGGCGAGAGUGACGAUCUCUGGCAAAAUAUUCUUGGAAUACUGAGGGGGGUGGUACCCAAAAAAGUCUUCUUACACGGCGGUUAUUGGAAACUUCGUAAGGAAUGCGCCCGUAUUAUGUGGAAAUAUUUCCAAGAUAGGUUUAACAUAAAAAUGCCAGAAAUCAUGACACUUCAUGCAAACACGAUAGGAAGCUUCACAGAUUUUGAUCGUGCUGAAGGCCCCAUGCUUGUCAAAGAUCAAAUUGAAAAUUUAAGAGCUGCUAGUCUAGACCUUAACACAAAAGAAUACCGAGAUGAAUUAAAGAAAGCUGAGGAAAGCUUGCGUAAAACCCUGAAAGAAAACAAAUUCACUACCAUCUUCUUGAAAACAGCUCCUGCUGGAUUGGUCGACAUCCUCAAGAAAUUCGAAAAAAAAGUUGCAAUAAUCUGGACCGGACCGGUUGAAAGAAUACCUGACCCGUCGAGCUGGCUCAUAAAAUACAACUAUCUUCAAGCCCCAGAAGAAGGAGACAGGUUACUAGCGAUGGGAGUCCCAAUUAUCAUAACUAGUCCGUGGAUAGCAAACGCCAGAAUGAACGCAAUUGUAGACAAACAAUCCAUGAAAAAAUACAGGAACCUUCUUCCCCAGGGAUCAAUGUUUGUGCCCACUGACACCACUUUUCACGGUUUUGAUAAUCUUGAAACUAUUCAAUUGCACGAGAACCGCAUCUUUUCAAACUACAUCUUCGCCCUGGCCGACGCUCUUCAAGACAAAAUGGAACAAAUGGAUAAGAACGCAGAAAAAGCAAAAGACGAUAAGCUGGUAGAGAUUAGUAAUAAUCUGUACCUGAACAAAGCCGAUCGGAAAAAAGAGAUAGAAGCGGCAGAAAGUAAUUAUCUUUAUGCAACGCGCCUGCCAAGACGUUGGAAAGAACUCAAAAAGGGGAACACAAUAUAUAAGAUUUUCCGGGAAUUUUGUCCAGUCGACCAGGCUAUUCAAGUGGUGAGCGACCCGCAUUUGAAGGACAGUGUGCGAGAAGUGGUGGAAGUUGGAAUGAAGCGGCCCAAUAGAGAUCCAAAAGAAAAGAAAAUCCACGUCUGGCCGGAGUCGGGUACGGGUAUUUUCAUCAUCAGCCAAAUGUUUACCCAUGAACUGGAGCGACAAAUUCAAUUUGUAAUUGACUGGAUGGAUAAGGGGAAGGAAGAGAAAAUAGACCUGCAAACUCCUCUUGAACUGUCGACUCUUUUCGAACUUCGACAAAAAUGGGGCUAUCCAAGCUCGGCCAAGUAG